GUGCAUGCGCAGGGCCCGAGACCUUGGCGAGGCGGUGGAAGCGCUGUGCGGAGGUGAAAGCUUUGGGGGAAAGGCAAGUGCAGCGGAAAAAUGCAGAGCUGGAGUCGUGUCUACUGUUCCUUGGCCAAGCGAGGGCAUUUCAGUAGGAUAUCUCAUGGCCUACAGGGAGUUUCUGCAGUGCCUCUGAGAACUUAUGCAGAUCAGCCAAUUGAUGCCGAUGUAACAGUGGUAGGUUCUGGUCCUGGAGGAUACGUUGCUGCUAUUAAAGCUGCCCAGUUAGGCUUCAAGACAGUUUGUGUUGAGAAAAAUGAAACACUUGGUGGAACAUGUUUGAAUGUUGGUUGUAUUCCUUCUAAGGCUUUAUUAAAUAAUUCUCAUUACUACCACAUGGCCCAUGGAAAAGAUUUUGCAUCUAGGGGAAUUGAAAUGUCUGAAGUUCGCUUGAAUUUAGAGAAGAUGAUGGAGCAGAAGAGUACUGCAGUGAAAGCUUUAACAGGUGGAAUUGCACACCUAUUCAAACAGAAUAAGGUUGUUCAUGUAAAUGGAUAUGGAAAGAUAACUGGCAAAAACCAAGUCACUGCUACGAAAGCCGAUGGCAGCACUCAAAUUAUUGAUACAAAGAACAUUCUUAUAGCUACAGGUUCAGAAGUUACUCCUUUUCCUGGAAUCACGAUUGAUGAAGAUACAGUGGUAUCAUCUACAGGUGCUUUAUCUUUAAAAAAAGUUCCAGAGAAGAUGGUGGUCAUUGGUGCAGGAGUAAUAGGUGUAGAAUUGGGUUCAGUUUGGCAAAGACUUGGUGCAGAUGUGACAGCUGUUGAGUUUUUGGGACAUGUUGGUGGAGUUGGAAUUGAUAUGGAGAUAUCCAAAAACUUUCAACGCAUCCUUCAAAAGCAAGGAUUUAAAUUUAAAUUGAAUACAAAAGUUACUGGUGCUACCAAGAAGUCAGAUGGAAAAAUUGAUGUUUCUAUUGAAGCUGCUUCUGGUGGUAAAGCUGAAGUUAUCACUUGUGAUGUACUCUUGGUUUGCAUUGGCCGACGACCUUUUACUCAAAAUUUGGGACUAGAAGAACUGGGCAUCGAACUAGAUCCUAAAGGUAGAAUUCCAGUCAAUUCCAGAUUCCAAACUAAAAUUCCAAAUAUCUAUGCUAUUGGUGAUGUGGUGGCUGGUCCAAUGCUGGCUCACAAAGCAGAAGAUGAAGGCAUUAUCUGUGUUGAAGGAAUGGCUGGUGGUGCUGUGCACAUUGACUAUAAUUGUGUACCAUCAGUGAUAUACACACACCCUGAAGUGGCUUGGGUUGGCAAAUCAGAGGAGCAAUUGAAAGAAGAGGGUAUUGAGUAUAAAGUUGGGAAAUUUCCAUUUGCUGCUAACAGCAGAGCUAAGACAAAUGCUGACACAGAUGGCAUGGUGAAGAUUCUUGGGCAGAAAUCAACAGACAGAGUAUUGGGAGCACAUAUUCUAGGACCAGGUGCUGGUGAAAUGGUAAAUGAAGCUGCUCUUGCAUUGGAAUAUGGAGCAUCCUGUGAAGAUAUAGCUAGAGUCUGUCAUGCGCAUCCGACCUUAUCAGAAGCUUUUAGAGAAGCAAACCUGGCUGCAUCAUUUGGCAAAUCCAUCAACUUUUAAAUUAGAAGAUUAUAUAUAUUUUCCUGAAAUUUCCUGGGAGUUUUUAUAGAGAUCACAUUUCUGAACAGGAUAUGCUCAUAGCUCCAAGAAUUUCUAGGACUGAAUUGUGAAAUUUUUGGAAGGUAUUUAAUAGAUUUGGACAGAAUGGAAUGCUCUCAUAUAUAUAUUUUAAAUAAAUGUAAUAUUUUGUUUUAGUACAUUCAUAGUGCAAAAGGAAAAGCUACUUAUAGUAACACCCUGGAAAAUUAAUUCAAUGCCUAUUUCUAUGCUCUUUGUGAAAGGUUCAGCCUCCCUGAGUGUAUGUUAAGUAGCUUUUAUCUCUGGUACAGGAAAGUUGGAUUUACCUAUUACGUGACAUGGAUGGAGUUAGAUUAUGGUAUGUGACCAGCUGUGUUUGAAGCAAAGUCAUCAAGUUAUUUUAAACUUGGUUUUCAUAUUGGACAUGAGUCAGUCCUUAGAAUAAGAUUUAAAUAUGUAUGAACUGAACUCUUGUAA